UUUCAUUUUUUUUUUUUUUUAUAUAUAUUCAUCCCCCCCUAUUAUUUUUGUCUGGAACGGAAUGUGGAUUGCGAUGAAUAAACGAAAUUAGAAUUAGUCUCGAUUUUAGAUUUUCAAUACAUUGAAGAAACUUUGUUUUUUUUUUUAAAAAAAAGAAAAGUCAACAGCGAAAAAACCUAUCCAUAAAUAAAUAAAUAAAUAAAUUUAUUUAUUUAUUUGUAUAUAUUUUUAUUGAUUAUGGGGAAUUGUUUUUGUAAACCAAAAUCAAAAAGAAAACCUAAACCUUAUCGUAUGCCAACUUCUACCAUAGGAUCUCCAAUAUCUGACACACAUUUAAUUAUUAGUGAUGUACUGGAUUAUGGAAGUAAUGAUGAAUAUCGGUUCAUUGAUGGUCGAAGGUUUCAUAAUGUUAUAAACUCGAAAUAUUUUCUCCCCUGUGAUGAUGAUGAAUUUGAUCGAUUACAUAUAAAACAUUAUAUUUGUAAACACAUAUGGCAACGAAAUUAUUCUGCGCCCGUGAAAGAAAGAUUAAGUUCUGGUGGUGCUCAUGUCUUGGACGUUGGUUGUGGACCAGGAACUUGGUUAAUUGAGAUGGCAAAUGAAUUCCCAAAAUCACAUUUUACUGGGAUGGAUAUUACCCCAGUUUUCCCUAGAGAAAGUAAACCAGAUAAUGCAGAUUUCAUGGAAGCUAAUAUAUUGGAUGGAUUACCUUUUGAAGAUAAUGUUUUUGAUUACGUACAUAUGAGAUUUUUGAUUACAUCUUUUAGUGCAAAUGAUUGGAAGAUUGCAAUUAAUGAAAUUGUUAGAGUUACAAAAUCAGGUGGAAUUAUAGAAUUAGUUGAAGAAGAAUUAGAGCCAAGAAAAGAUGGGCCUAUAUCACGAUUAUUAUUUAGCGCACUUUUCAUGGAUCUAACAUCGAGAAAUAUUGAUUUUACAAUAUAUUCACAUAUGAUUGAUCUAUUGAAUGAUAUUGAAAGUCUUACCGACGUAAAAAAAGAAGAAAUUAUGGCUUCAUAUGGUAAAUGGGCUGGUAGAAUUGGAAGUUUAUUAUCUGAUAAUACUGGCUUAUUAUUCCGUACAUUUAAAACGAGAUUCUUAACUACGCUUGGAGUUGAGAAUGAAGUAGAAUAUGAUAAAUUAAUUGAAGCUUGGUACGAAGAAUUAAAUGAAUAUAAACCAUAUAAUGUUGGAUAUCGGUUUUUGGCAACAAAAAAAUAACCAAUAACCAAUAACCAAUUAUACCUUCCAAAUAAUCUAUUAUAUAAUAACAAAAUUAUUUAUAAUAACAUUCCUUCCUUUUUGUACAUAUUAGAAUUUAUAUAUAUAUAUAUAUAUAUA